AUGGCGACUGCACCCUUGCCCUCUCGCUCCCUCCUGGCCCCAGCUCAGCAAUCCCAUCCACGGCUUCCCGCGCCCCUCCGCCUCUGCCUCUCCCACCACAAGCAACCUCCCACUGGCCCCAAGCGCCCCCGACGCGCCGUCACUUCGCAUCCGGCCUUCUCUGCAGCCGCUCGGGGUCGUGCCAAGAAGAUUCCCAUCGCGGACACCGAUGAGCCCGCCGCCGGAGUCCGCGUCACCGAUCGUGGCCUCUCUUACCGCCUCGAUGGCGCGCCAUUCGAGUUUCAGUAUAGCUACACUGAGGCCCCACACGCACGCCCCGUAGCGCUCCGUGAGGCCCCGUUCCUGCCGUUCGGGCCCGAGGCCACGCCACGCCCGUGGACGGGAAGGAAGCCGCUGCCAAAGAGCCGCAAGGAGCUUCCGGAGUUUGACUCGUUCGUGCUGCCACCACCGGGCAAGAAGGGGGUGAAGCCCGUGCAGUCACCGGGGCCGUUCCUCGCCGGUAUGGAGCCGAGGUACCAAUCGGUGUCCAGGGAGGGCAUACUCGGGGAGCCUCUCACCAAGGAAGAGGUCUCCGAACUCGUGAAAGGAAGCCUCAAGUCCAAACGGCAACUCAAUAUGGGUAGGGAUGGUUUGACACACAAUAUGUUGGAGAACAUUCAUUCACAUUGGAAGAGGAAAAGAGUUUGCAAGAUAAAGUGCAAAGGUGUCUGCACGGUGGAUAUGGAUAAUAUCUGCCAGCAACUAGAGGAAAAGGUUGGAGGAAAAGUAAUACACCGCCAAGGGGGUGUCAUAUUUCUUUUUCGUGGUAGAAACUACAAUUACAGGACCCGCCCAUGUUUUCCGCUUAUGCUCUGGAAACCCGUUGCACCUGUGUACCCGCGCCUUGUCACGAAGGUCCCAGGUGGCUUAACUCCAGACGAGGCCACAGAAAUGCGCGCGAGAGGACGUCAGUUACCACCAAUUUGCAAACUUGGGAAAAAUGGUGUUUAUGCCAACCUUGUGAAGCAAGUCAGAGAAGCAUUUGAAGCAUGUGAUCUUGUCCGUGUUGAUUGCUCAGGUCUUAACAAAAGUGAUUGCAGAAAAAUUGGAGCUAAACUAAAGGAUCUAGUUCCCUGUAUCUUACUGUCUUUUGAGUUUGAGCAUAUACUGAUGUGGAGAGGAAGUGAUUGGAAAUCAUCUCUUCCUCCAUUAGAAGAAAAUAGUUUUGAGGUGACAAAGGUGCAAGAAAGUUUAAGUGGCAAAGAAUCUAAUGAAAAGGUUACACAUUCAGGAAAUGUUCUGACCCAGAUUGAGUUGGUCAGUGUUGCAACAUCUCACAAGAACUGCAACUUGGGUGAAGAUCAAGAAAAAUUUAAAGAUUCCAUUGCUAGUGAUACGGUACUGAAUUCUGCAAAGGAAGUUCCUGCAUUGUUCCAUUCUACAGGUAUAUCUAGAACUGAACCCUCAGCAGACACUCCAUUGGAAUAUUCACCAUUAAAGCCAGUAUGUGAUAUUAUGGAUCCAUCCCUGAAGUGCCAAAGUAUCCCAACAAACAACAGUGAAAAUAGAGGUCUGGUAGAGAAGUCAGAACAUUGUCCGGAUGUUUAUAAUUUGGAGACAGAGAGGAAAAGAAACGAUGGUAUGAAAGGUAGUGGUUCUAAAGUUCCAUCCUAUAUAGAGGGAUUAUUAUGUCUUCUGGAGCAGGCCAUUGAGAGUGGCAGGGCACUUGUUCUGAGUGAAGAUGAGCUUGUUGAUUCAGAUCUGAUCUAUGAAAAGUCUGUUGCUUUUACAAAGUCAAUUCCGCGAAGACUGAUUUUCGAGCAUACUCAAAGGAAGUCCAGUGCCAGGAGAAAUGGGCCAGACAAUCAUGCAAGAAUUAAAAAACAUCUUGUAGAAAAUAAACUGUCCAGCAGUCAUGUUGAAAAGAAAUGUAUCGCUAAUGGAGGAUCGGCAAUGCAGACAAAUGACCAUGCACAAGAGUUUCUAUCUGAUGUUGUUCCUCAAGGUACCUUAAGAGUAGAUGAACUAGCAAAGUUACUCGCUUAA